GCACCCCUAUAAAACCAGGAGCUGGGAACGUGUCAACAUCAUUCGCCGACAACUUCCCGUGAUAACGUGUACCCGAACGAAGCGAUGAUCGGUUUCGCCGUAUUUUCGUCUUUCAAUCGUUUUACGACCAUUUUCGUCUGCGUACUUCUGUGCGUGGUCUACUUGCUGUCAUAUGCCUCUGGGGAAUACGAUGGUAGAGACUCAUCAAGUGGCUCGAAUAAUGACAGAGCACCAAGCAACGAGUUUGGUUCGUGCACCGACGGCAAGUGUAUCAAACGUACUUCGCAGGAUAUCACUAGUGGUAUGUGGUUUGGCCCCCGACUUGGACGAAGACGCAGAGCGGAUCGAAAACCAGAGAUUAAUUCUGAUAUUGAGGCGUUCGCCAACGCAUUUGAGGAACCACAUUGGGCCAUUGUUACGAUUCCAGAAACAGAGAAACGACAGAUAACACAAUUCACACCCCGUUUGGGAAGAGAAUCGGGUGAGGAUUAUUUUUCAUAUGGAUUUCCAAAGGAUCAAGAAGAAUUAUACACGGAGGAACAGAUAUAUCUACCUUUAUUUGCAUCACGUCUAGGACGUCGAGUACCCUGGACACCAUCUCCCAGACUUGGACGUCAGUUGCACAAUAUUGUUGAUAAACCUAGACAAAAUUUUAACGAUCCACGCUUUUAAGACUGGUUUGAUGUUCUGGAUGAUUAAUAGCUAAUGAUAUAGUGUAAUUAAGAUCAUAUUAAGGAAAUAAAGGACUUGUAUU